CAGACGCGGUAUCCGAGCGGCGCCUAUUAGGGUGGUUCUCACCGUCACGGCCGGUGCCUCUCCCAUUGUUCAUUCAGUAGUUUUUUUUUCUUUCACCUAGCUAGUGAGGCCUGGUUGGAAGCCAUGGAGAGCGCUCUCCCUGCGGCCGGCUUCCUGUACUGGGUGGGCGCGGGCACCGUGGCUUACCUUACCCUGCGCAUCUCGUACUCGCUCUUCAUGGCCUUUCGGGUCUGGGGUUUGGGUCAUGAGGCUGGGGUCGGACCGGAGCUCGGCGAAUGGGCAGUUGUCACAGGGAGUACUGAUGGAAUUGGAAAAUCAUAUGCAAAAGAGUUAGCAAAGCGUGGCAUGAAGAUUGUCCUUAUCAGCAGGUCACAGGAUAAACUGAACCAGGUUUCCAGUGAAAUAAGAGAAAAAUUCAAAGUGGAAACAAGAACAAUUGCUGUUGACUUUGCAUCGGAAGAUAUUUAUGAUAAAAUUAAAGCAAGCUUGGCAGGUCUUCAAAUUGGUGUUUUAGUGAACAACGUGGGAAUGUCAUAUCAGCAUCCUGAAUACUUUCUGGAAAUUCCUAACUUGGACGAUACCAUCAAGAAACUGUUAUUUAUUAAUGUUCUUUCUGUUUGUAAGAUGACACAGUUGGUGCUGCCUGGCAUGGUAGAAAGGUCUAAAGGGGUAAUUCUGAACAUGUCCUCUGCCAGUGGCAUGGCCCCAGUUCCACUGUUGACCAUCUACUCCGCAACCAAGGCUUUUGUAGAUUUCUUCUCUCAGUGCCUCCAUGAGGAAUACAGGAGCAAGGGCAUCUUUGUGCAGAGUGUCCUGCCAUUCUUUGUCGCUACAAAUAUGAGUGGAAUCCGAAAGCCAACUUUGCAAGUACCCUCUUCAGAUACGUUUGUGAAGUCUGCGAUGAAAACAGUGGGCUUGACAUCCCGAACCAAUGGAUACUUCGUCCAUUCUCUUACGGGCUCAAUAGUUUCAAUUCUGCCUUCUUGGUUAUAUUUAAAAAUCGCUAUGAAUCAUAACAAGUCUGUCCGGGCUUACUGUCGGAAGCGUGCCAAGAAGAACUAAGCCUUGAUGAUUAUACUGAGUAACUUGGCCAGAAGCUCCAGCUUGUGCACAUUCACUGCAAGUCACCCACCCAGCUCCAGGACAUUCAGUUGUCAUUUUAAUAGUUAAAUAUGGUCAUAAUGGGGACGAAAGCAGAAGUUUCUUUCAAGAGCUACUGACAUAUAUCUGAAUGCUACCACCAACUAUUUUGAAAUUUAUCAUAAAUGCUCAUAUCAACUGGAUACAGAACUAAUAUUAGCAAGAAUAGCUUAAUAGGAAGGAGCAUGAGUAUAACAAAUGACAGAAUGGUAGAAUCAGAUGUACUUCUCAACAAUGUCCUCUGGCCCAAAAUGCCAUGAUGAUAGUUGUAUUUUCCCUGAAACAUACUUUGAAAGGGCAUGGCCAGCUACUCUUUUUCUUGUUUUUAACACUUUGAGGGAGUAGAGAUUGAUUGCUUGAUUCACUUAUGAGAGGACAAUCUGCAUAGCUCUUUGUAAGGUUUUCUAAAAGCAUGUCCCAGUUUGUACAUUUCUAUGGAACUGUUCUUUCUCAGAGGUAGCUAAUGACAUAAAAAUAAUUCAUGAAAUAUGGAGUUUUUUGACACAUGAAGCCCUCGAAAAUAUGCUUUCUUCUAAUACGUAUUUCUUCUCAGUUUAUGUACGUAAAUACUGAAUGCUAUCGUAUGAUUUGUAAAGGUAAACGGGCCAAAAUGUACAGACAACCACCUAUGGUACCACUAAAACCCUGACCCUGGAAAGUGGCCUGCUUGGACCCCAGUCGUUUUGGUUUCUUCUGCACCGCACUAAUAACUGCUUACACAUGUUAGAACAGGUUACUCCUAGUGAUGAUGUCAGAGAAGUUUUAAAUUGCUUCCCUAUCGAUAUUGAUAUAAUUAGUUUAAAGAAAGAUCAUAUAACAAUUGUCUUGAUUGAAAAUAUAUUUCUUUGGUGCUUGAAAUUAAGGCCAUUUUUACACUGGCUUAAUAUAAAUUAAUACUUAACUUUUAUCCUACUACAUAACUUGUUUGGGGAAAUUGCCAAGCAAUAAUUCAAUAUUGUGAAGCAUAUAGCCUAGAAGGUAGGACUUUCCUCGGUUGUGAUUCCAAGGCUUGGAGUUUUAAGCACCAGUAAAUUUGCAAAAAAAAAAAAAAAAAAUUUAAUUGGAGUAUUUAAGUGUUUUUAGCUUAUAAUUUUGUCAGCUAAGGACAGAACAAAAACAGAAAAACCAAAUUACCAUCAUUAUAUAAAGAUAUUUUAGCAUGUAAAAAGUAGGAAGAACAUAAUCUCAGAAUAAGGAAUAAUCAUUUAAAUUGAAUAAAUUUAGCUUUAUGAAAAACA